AUGAGAAAGCUCAAACGCCGUGAUAAACUACAAAAGGAUGAAAUCCUUUAUGUUUGUGAAAAUGAGGGCAUAGCAAACCAAGUACGGUAAGAAUUGCCCAUGACAACACCUAAACUUCAGGACUAGCCUGCUUUAAAAGUGAUGAGAGUUAAAAAUUGUUUAAACUCCUAUGUAUCAAUGACCAAAUCCAAUUUAGCAGGAAAUUUAAAGUACAUUUACCAGCCGCAAGCGGUGUCGGUGUAUGCACUUAUUUUAAAGUGGCCCUUUUCUAUAGUUAUCCGACUAAGAAUCGAAAUGGAAAAGUCUGGAAAAAGCUGAAUCGGUAUCAUUUAACUACUUAUAUGAAAUUUCAGUUUGCAACGUAAUGUAAUUCAACCUUGGUUAACUCGCUAGGAAAAUGGAGGGACUGUGCAAUGCCAUUUGCCGUGAAACCUUCAUCAGGUAUGAGUUUCCGUAA